AUGAACUUACAUCCUCAAAAUCUGCUAGGAAGUUUACUAGAAUCCGCUGUUUCAACUCGUUGUUCAAUCCUUGGUCGUGCUGUUCAUGCACAUAUCAUCAGAACACAUGACACCACUCUCCCAUCUUUCCUCUCCAACCACCUCGUCAACAUGUACUCCAAACUCGACCUUCUCAACUCAGCUCAACACGUUCUCUCACUCACUCACCUCCCCACCGUUGUUACUUGGACCUCUCUCAUCUCUGGUUGCGUUUAUAACCGUCGUUUCCUCGCCGCUAUUCUCCAUUUCACCAACAUGCGUCGUGAUUCUGUUUAUCCUAACGACUUCACGUAUCCUUGUGUUUUCAAAGCUUCAGCUUCGCUGAACAUGCCCAUGACUGGUAAACAAGUUCACGCUCUUGCUUUUAAAGGUGGACAGAUAUAUGAUGUGUUUGUUGGGUGCAGUGCUUUUGAUAUGUAUAGUAAAACUGGUCUUCGUGUUGAUGCUUGCAACAUGUUCGAUGAAAUGCCUCACAGAAAUUUGGCUACGUGGAAUGCUUAUAUUUCUAAUGCGGUUCAAGAUGGGCGGUCUACGGAUGCGAUUGCGGCGUUCAAGGAGUUUCUUUGUGUGCAUGGAGAGCCGAAUUCGAUUACGUUUUGUGCGUUUUUGAAUGCGUGUGUUGACAUGUUGAGGUUGAAUCUCGGACGGCAGUUACAUUCGUUUAUAGUUAGGUGUGGAUACAAAGAGGAUGUUUCUGUUUCUAAUGGGCUUAUUGAUUUUUAUGGAAAAUGUGGGGAUGUUGUAUCUUCUGAAAUGGUUUUUAGUAGAAUUGGAAGGAGGAAGAAUGUUGUUUCGUGGUGCUCUAUGCUUGCUGCUCUUGUGCAAAACCAUGAGGAAGAGAGGGCUUGUAUGGUUUUCCUUCAGGCAAGGAAAGAAGUUGAGCCGACGGAUUUCAUGAUAUCGAGUGUGCUCAGUGCUUGUGCUGAACUUGGAGGACUUGAAUUGGGUAGGUCAGUUCAUGCUCUUGCUGUCAAGGCAUGUGUCGAAGAGAAUAUAUUUGUUGGAAGUGCACUUGUUGACUUGUAUGGAAAAUGUGGAAGUCUAGAGAAUGCUGAGCAAGUUUUCAGUGAAAUGCCUGAAAGGAACCUAGUCACGUGGAACGCAAUGAUAGGUGGAUAUGCACAUCAAGGUGACGUUGACAUGGCUUUGCGUCUAUUUGAGGAGAUGACAUUGGGUGGCCGUGGUAUUGCACCAAGUUAUGUGACUCUUGUUUCUGUACUAUCAGCAUGUAGUAGAGCUGGGGCAGUAAAGAGAGGCAUGAAGAUAUUUAAAUCAAUGAGAUUGAACUAUGGGAUUGAACCAGGUGCCGAGCAUUAUGCUUGUGUUGUGGACCUUCUAGGGAGAUCUGGUUUGGUGGACCAUGCGUAUGAAUUUAUUCAAAAUAUGCCAAUUCAGCCCACUAUUUCAAUUUGGGGAGCUUUACUCGGGGCUUGUAGGAUGCACGGGAAAACGAAAUUGGGAAAAAUCGCAGCUGAAAAAUUAUUCGAGCUCGAUCAUGUUGACUCUGGCAACCAUGUAGUUCUUUCUAAUAUGCUUGCAUCUGCUGGCAGAUGGGAAGAAGCCACUGUUGUCAGGAAGGAAAUGAAAGACAUUGGUAUUAAGAAGAAUGUUGGCUAUAGUUGGAUUGCUGUAAAGAACAGAACCCAUGUUUUCCAAGCAAAAGAUAGUUCUCAUGAAAGGAACUAUGAAAUUCAGGCUAUGCUAGGUAAGCUCAGAGGGGAAAUGAAGGAGGCUGGGUAUGUUCCUGAUGCCAAUCUAUCACUCUUUGAUUUAGAAGAUGAAGAAAAAGCUUCAGAAGUUUGGUACCACAGUGAAAAAAUUGCUCUUGCUUUUGGUCUCAUAGCUCUCCCUCAAGGAGUGCCUAUAAGGAUCACGAAAAAUCUUAGGAUUUGUGGAGAUUGUCAUAGUGCCAUUAAGUUCAUCUCCAGAAUUGUUGGAAGAGAAAUUAUUGUGAGAGAUAAUCAUCGUUUUCAUCGAUUUAAGAAUGGUUGUUGCUCUUGUAAAGACUAUUGGUAA